CGGCGGCGCCGCACUCUAUGGUGUAAUGGGAGGAGCGGCGGCGCAGGGCGGACGGCUCCGGCCCGGCCGCUUUGGCGCCUUCCGCGGGCACGAUGUCGCCGCCGAAAGAAAAUGUCAGCCUACUGUUCAAGUUGUACUGCCUCACGGUGAUGACCCUGGUUGCUGCAACGUACACGGUUGCAUUGCGGUACACAAGGACAGUGGGCACAGAACUGUACUUUUCAACGACGGCUGUGUGCAUCACUGAAGUUAUCAAGUUGUUCUUGAGCGUGGGCAUCUUGGCUAAAGAAACUGGAAGUCUCGCAAGGUUAAUAACAUCUUUGAAAGAAAAUGUGUUUGGAAGUCCUACAGAACUGCUAAAAUUAAGUGUUCCAUCUUUGGUAUAUGGUCUCCAAAAUAAUAUGGCAUUUGUGGCUCUUAGCAACUUGGAUGCAGCAGUCUACCAGGUGACAUACCAGUUGAAGAUCCCUUGUACAGCUUUAUGUACAGUCCUGAUGCUAAACCGUACCCUUAGUAAGUUGCAGUGGUUCUCUGUCUUCAUGCUGUGCGGUGGUGUUACCCUUGUUCAGUGGAAGCCUGCUCAGGCUACGAAAGUACAGGUGGAGCAGAAUCCAUGGCUAGGGUUUGGAGCCAUUGCUGUUGCUGUAUUGUGUUCGGGAUUUGCAGGAGUUUAUUUUGAGAAGGUCUUGAAGAGUUCAGAUACUUCCUUGUGGGUGAGGAAUAUUCAGAUGUACUUAUCUGGGAUUGUGGUGACUUUAUUUGGUGUGUACAUGUCAGACGGAGCCCAAGUCCUUGAGAAAGGGUUUUUCUAUGGCUAUACAUACUACGUCUGGUUUGUCAUCUUUCUCGCCAGCGUAGGUGGCCUCUACACUUCGGUCGUUGUUAAGUACACAGAUAACAUUAUGAAAGGCUUUUCUGCAGCGGCAGCCAUUGUUCUUUCAACUGUGGCAUCAGUCGCCCUCUUUGGCCUCCAGAUAACUGUUACCUUCUCCCUGGGUGCUCUCCUGGUGUGUGUUUCUAUUUACCUCUACGGAUUACCUCGACAAGACACCACAAAAAUCCAGCCAUCAGAAACAAAGAGCUCAAAAGAGAGGCUUGCUACUGUGUGACGUUGUCCAUAGAACUGGACAGGCAGGCAAGAGGAAAAAAUGGACUUUAAAAAAAAUGCAUUUUUUUAAACUUAGCCUUAAGCUAGUCAUGGAAUGGUUGAAGUGGGAUAGACUAAAAGCAGAAGUUAGUUCUGUUUUACAUGGGAAGUUUCCGGUGGCUGACCCUGAGGCUACAUCACAGCCAAGGAGCUGGAUGGGUGUUUUAUUGAAGGGAUUCCUCACUCACAGCAAGCACUGGAGAACCCGUUUACAAGGAAAGCAGAAUGAAGGAACUGAACGCUCAAUUGUAUAUAAUGUAUAUAAUGGAAAGAAAUUGGUUCUUUGUGUAUUUGAUAAACUGUCUUGCCCGUUGAGGGCAGAAAUGCCCAAAAGCUUCAUGAAAAUCUAUUAAAAAGAGCAAUCACUGCCAGCAUUUUCUCUUAAACUAGUUGGCAGUUGCAGUUUGAUUAACAA